AUGGCGCUCGCCUUGCGCCUUGUCGGCGGCGCCGCCGGCGUGGGGGCAAAGGCUGUUGGAGGCGCAUGCUGCGGUAUCGUCGAUUCCUGUUUCCGACACAUGACAAAGGGAAUGCCGCACCCCACAGAGUGCGGCUGCCUAGGUUCUCUGUUUUUUUAUUUGGGACUCCACGACCACCAGAAGUUCAACCUUCUCGUGGAAAUCCACGAACUGGAUCGCGUCCCGAAGUCGAGCUCUCUCUUCGUCACGGUCGAGGCGGGAAGAUGGAGCACAACAUCUCAAGUGGUGAAGACCAAGGGACAGAAUCAGCGCGUCAUACUCGAAGAGCGGCUUAUGGUCCACAUCCGACAGGUGGACAAAGAGAUGAAGCUCAGUCUCUUCAAAAAAGGCAUGUUGAAGACGACUCGCUUAGCCAAUCUCGUGUUGAAAGUCAAGGAGGAUAUGAUCGACAAGAAGUUCCCCCAACGAACGUGGUACCCUAUGAAGGUCGAGAAUGGGAAGUCGAAUCCUCGAAUCAAUCUCUCCUUACACCGGAUGGACGCUAAUCUGCCGACCAACCAGUCGCCUCUCGUUCAACAGGCCAUGCUGAUUGCCCAGCAGGAGGCUGACGAAAAGGGCGAAGAGCUCAAGCUGGACUUGAGCAAGAUGUCUCAAAAGGAACGCUUGACGUUUUUCUCGCGGGUGCUGGAAGGCCCUUUGGAGUGGCUCAGCCGAGGCAGAAACGCCUGCAUGGAGUUCUACUACAAGGCCGUCGAAGUGAAACCAGGCGUUCUCGACCGCUUCACGGCCAGCCAGGGAACAUGGACAGAGCUCUACUUCAAGGCGGUCGAAGUUAAGACAGAUCGGUGGGAGUGGUGCUAUUGGGAGAGUGCUGCGGCAUGCAAGGAAGGCAAGGAGAAGGAGGGGAGCAUUCCGUUUCUCGCCAUCAGCCUCGUGCUGCCGGAUCGAAAGGACCGAAACGUCUUUUAUGUUCGUUACCACGACAAAGAUACCCAGCACGAUGUCUUCUUUCGCCGAGUCGACAGAGACAGGAACUUGUGGUCAGAUGGUCUGUACGAAUUCAUCGAGAAGCUUCGCGCUUAUCGCGAGACGUGUUCGACGCGCGUGCCGGAUCGGAAAGGCAGAGAGCGCCAGGAGAAGAAGAAAGGCCGGGAGGGCGAAGGCGACGAGGAAGGCGCACCAUGUGCAAAAUCUCCGCGGAAGUCAGGCAGAAAAUCGCGUCGGCCGUCUGCAUCCACAACUCCUCGAGUGGAUUUAUCGACUGCGCGGCGGCUUCACAGCCCUCGGGCGCAGAUCCCCACGAAGGGGCCGAACGCGCAUCAGCAGAUGUACGAGGAAGUCAUGCUGUCUACUCAGUCUUCUGUUGUCGGCGACGACGAACCGCAAACGUAG